GAUAACUAUUUCACCAUGUUGCAGCAAUAUGCGAUACCUAAGAUUGCCUCAUUAGGUCUUCUUGAUAACUGCCUAUUCCAGCAAGAUGGCUCUCCGGCCCAUUAUAGCCGAAGCGUCAUCGAUUUCCUCUACAACAUAUUCAAAGGUAGGUGGAUGGGUAAAUUGAAUAUUGCAGCGAUCACUUGGCCGGCAUGUUAG